AUGGGAGUGAAAAUCGAUGGCCGGCGGUUACAUCAUCUUCGCUUUGCUUAUGACAUCAUUCUUAUAAAACCAAACAUUAGUCAAGAAGAACGUAUGCUUGCCAACUUUGAUAAAGCAUGUGGAAAGAUUGGUGUUCGACUGUAUCUCACAACAACGAUGUUCAUGAGGAACCGAUUGGUUUCGUAUGCCCCAUUUACGCUCAACGGAACGAAUAUCUCCGAAUGCUACAGUUAUGCCUAUCUAGGUAGGAAAAUCAACAUGUUGAACGACUUAGAUCCAGAGUUGAGCAGAAGGCAACAAGCGGCUUGGGGAGCUUUCAAGAGCGUCGAGGAGGUAGUGAAGAGAACAAAGAACACCCGACUCCGCGCCCACCUUUUCGACUUAACGGCACUUUCUGCGUUAACGUAUGCGUCAAAAAGCUGGUCGCUGCGUAAACAGGAUGAAAAAUUACUCAGGGUUAUUGAAUGCGCAGUCGAAAGAACGAUGCUAGGAGUAUCCCGUUUCACACAACUAGGGGAAGGGAUCCGAAGCUCCGUCCUGCGUCAACGAUCAAAAAUCAAGAAUGCCGUUCUGUACGUCAAACAGUCGAAGAUAAGGUGGUUCGGACACGCAAUGCGUAUGAAUAACAACCGAUGGACAAGAACCGCUAGUGACUGGAUUUCUCAGGAUAUCAAACGUACUGCACGAAGACCACCGACGGGAUGGUCAGAGUUCUUCACAUAG